AUGUUUGACUGCAUGGACGUGCUGGCCGUGAGUCCCGGGCAGAUGUUGGAUUUCUACACCUCCAGCCCGUCCUCGUGCAUGCUGCAGGAGAAAGCUCUGAAAGCCUGCAUCAGCGGACUGCACGCGCACAGAGAGUGGCAGCACCGCCGGAGCGCGCACUCCAUUGAGACGCAGAGCACCAGUUCUGAGGAGCUUGUCCCCAGCCCGCCGUCACCGCCGCCCCCGCCCAGAGUCUACAAGCCCUGCUUCGUGUGUCAGGACAAGUCCUCCGGAUACCACUAUGGAGUCAGUGCCUGUGAGGGCUGCAAGGGUUUUUUCCGGCGAAGCAUCCAGAAGAACAUGCUGUACACGUGUCACCGGGACAAGAACUGCAUCAUCAACAAGGUGACGAGGAACCGCUGUCAGUACUGCCGCCUGCAGAAGUGCUUCGGAGUGGGGAUGUCCAAAGAGUCUGUUCGAAACGACCGCAAUAAGAAGAAGAAGGAGAGCCCGAAGCCGGAGCUGACGGAGAGCUACGAGCUGACGGCCGAGCUGGAGACCAUCAUCGAGAAGAUCCGAAAGGCCCAUCAGGAAACCUUCCCCUCCCUCUGCCAGCUGGGCAAAUACACCACGAACUCGAGUGCAGACCACCGUGUGCGGCUGGACCUGGGCCUGUGGGAUAAGUUCAGCGAGUUGGCCACCAAGUGCAUUAUCAAGAUCGUGGAGUUUGCCAAACGAGUGCCUGGCUUCACGGCGCUGACCAUCGCAGACCAGAUCACGCUCCUGAAAGCUGCCUGCCUCGACAUCCUGAUCCUGCGCAUCUGUACGCGCUACACCCCCGACCAGGACACCAUGACCUUCUCCGACGGCCUGACUCUGAACCGGACGCAGAUGCACAACGCCGGCUUCGGCCCGCUCACCGACCUCGUCUUCACCUUCGCCAACCAGCUGCUGCCCAUCGAGAUGGACGACACGGAGACCGGGCUGCUCAGCGCCAUCUGCCUCAUCUCCGGAGACCGUCAGGACCUGGAGGAACCCUCUAAAGUGGACGAGCUGCAGGAGCCACUUCUGGAAGCCCUGAAGAUCUACGUGAGGAAGAGGAGGCCGAGCAAACCUCACAUGUUCCCCAAAACCCUGAUGAAGAUCACCGACCUGCGCAGCAUCAGCGCUAAAGGAGCGGAGCGGGUCAUCUCUCUGAAGAUGGAGAUCCCCGGGUCGAUGCCGCCGCUCAUCCAGGAGAUGCUGGAGAACUCGGAGGGGCAGGACGGGCAGAGCAGCAGCGACAAGGGCAGCGGCGGCGGGAAGAAGAGCGGGAAAAAGGGCAAGAAAAAGAGCGGGAAAAGCAGCAGCAAGGGCGGCAAGAAGAGCAGCGCUCCGGCUAAGGAGGAGGAAGAGGAGGAGGAGGCUACCCAUCGCAGUGACGACACCCCCGACGAAGGCGCCGCUGACUCGCCGGAGCCUCCGGACCCCGAGGAGGCUUCCCCGCCCGGCGAUGAGUCCUAAAAAAAGGCUCUUUGUGACUUUCCUUUGCACGGAAAAGGAGCAGCCAGGCAAGGCUCCCCCCUCCCCUCCUCACCCCUCCUUGCUUGGUAUCUUCACACCCCCCUCAAAAAGACGACGGGAGGCCUCGUGUGAGGAAGAGGAACUCGGGGUCUCUGGAAGCAGCCGGAGACGCUCUCCUCAGGUCUCCUGUGUGAACCCUUCCUGCAUGACGGGAGUUUGAUCAGUGGUUUAAACUCUGUCCUUGCCCCCCGCCCCCCUCUCGUGUCCCCCGCUCACAUUGUACAUACCAUCGCCGUGUGGUUAGGGUUCUCUGUUUCUAUGAUGGAUUUUGUGGUGCUUUUUAAUCAUUGUCUUAAAUAUUAUCUUGGAGGCGAGCGGCACGGCGGCGGUCCGUUUGGAAUCGUUACGUAGAAUGUUAUUGCGUAGACAUUACGAGUAUUUUAUAUCUGUCGCUAUAUUUAAACCCGUCUUUUCUAACACGUCAUGGAUCCGCCAGAAUGCAAAGCUCCUCUCCGUGUCGGACGAGCUCAACAACAGCCUUCGAUACGCACUCAUCAGAUCCGUCUGGAGGAACCCGGUGUGUGUGUGUGUGUGUGUGUGUGUGUGUG